AAGCGGCGUCGGGCGGAAAGGCGGGAAAAUUCGUUAUUACCCAAAACCCGCAUAAAUUCACCUAAAAUAGCGGCGGAGCUGCCAAAACCAGCGGGGAAACAGCGCUGGGGGGACCCGCCGCUGUUGUCCGUGGUCAUUUCCUCCCUCCGGCGCCUCUGUGGCUGCAUUUGCUGCCGAAUCGAAACUCGCUGGUUUUUCGUGCUCACCGACAUUUCCGAGGUUCACAAACACAGCUGUGCUGUCUGUACACACCGAAUAACUAGCGACAUUUGGCCGAAAUAAGGUUUUAAAGGGUUGAGUUGAAGCAGUAAGAAUUUUAAAAUGGUGGUUUGGGGUUUUUUUCCCCCUCAGGGAUGCGGGGUUUGGUGACUCCUCAGCCCCACCCGCUGCUGCUCCCUCAGAGCUCCCUCAGGGCGCCCGGCCGGGGCUCUUUGUGGAGAGGGGGUUUUCCUGAGGUAAAAAGCGGCUGAUAAAUUGUUUUAUUGAUAAUCAAUUUCGCCUCGACCAGAUUGGACAGAAACAAAUAUUUGGAUAAAUCCUUCCCAAAAAAAAAUCUCGCUGGAGGAAAAGUGUUUUUUCUUCCACAACUGGAGAAAAAAGGUUGAGUUUAUGGGAGCACAGAAACAAUGACCUCGGGCUGCAGCUCGGUCCCCAGCAGGAAGCAGAGGAGGAGGAGGAGGAGGAGGAGCUCGGGCAGGGAUUCCCCGGCUCUGUCAGCGCUGGGAGAUUUCCAAAUCCUUCCCUUGGAGAUCUUCCAAAUGGUGCUGAAUUAUCUCUCUGUGAGGGACAUCAGCAGGCUGAGCAUGGUGUCCAAGACCAUCAGUGCCCUCCUGAGCCGCUACAUCUGCACCUCGUCCGGGAGCCGCCGGCUGCUGCUGCAGGAUUUCCACAGCCCCCAGCUGCCUGCCAGGAGAGAGGGAACCUCCAUCCUGGAGCACUACAGAUCCCUAGGGCUGCUGCUCAAGAGGUGCACGCUGCUGCUGCCCACCAGGGACAGGCUCAGAUAUGUGCACAAGGUGCUCUCAGGGGUUUCCUGUUUCAAGCUGAAUGGCUGUGCCAGUCCCCUGCACUGCCUGGGCUUGCAGUGCUAUGGGGUUUUCUUACAGAUGCUGACUGCAGGCUGGGAUGAGCUCGAGUGCCACCGGGUCUUCAACUUCCUCUGGGACCUCGGCAAUCUGGCCAGGAAGGUGCAGACAGUGGUCAGCAGCAAGCCAGGCAGCGCCCGCCGCCUGGAGCUGCGGAUCCGCCUGUUCUGCCGCGCCGUGCUGCUCUCCGGGAGCCGCCGCGGCGACUCCGCCUUCUGGCUGACGCGGAUCCUCAAGCCCUGGCCCAUGGUCAACCAGGCCCGCCUGCUCUACCUCAUCUUCGGGCCCGUGUCCUCCCGCGACGGACAUGUGGUCUGGCAGAAAAUGAUAGAAGGACCAACAGAUGAGACCAGUCUGAAGGGUUUAGCUGAUGCAAUUAAGCUGCUGUAUGGUACAGAAGCUAGAGAAUGGACAGCAGAUGAUGUUAUCAGUCUUGUGGAUGAGCUGUCAGUGGUUCCCCAGCAGUGGCUGAUGGAGAACAACGCUCGCCUGCUCCUCCUCAGUGGCAACAGCAUCUGCUUCACCUUCAUGGCCAGCAAAGCUGUGAAUGGCAGAGCUGUGGAGCUGGCCAGGCUCAUGGUCUUCAUGGUUCUGGUGUGUGAGAAGGACCUGUACUGCAUGGACUGGGCAGUGAAGAUGAUGCAGAAGGUCUGCAAGGUUUUCAGCAGCCCCUGGGAGAGGAAGAACUUCCUGCAGUGCCUGGAGAGCUGCUUUGCCCGGAUGCUGAUGGACCUGCUGCAGGCAGUGCUGGCUGGUGAGCGGGAUGAGCAGGACAGCAGCUUCCUGAACCUCUUCCACCUGAUGAACGCUCAGGCCAACUUCCACAAGGAAAUCCUGUGCCUGGCCAUGGGCAGCAGCAGCAGCAGCACCCCCUGAGCUCCACAGCCCCUCUGUCCUUCCUUCUCUCGCAACAUUUGCAGAGAAAUCUCUGAUUGUUUCUCCAGUUCCCAUCCCAGUAAUUGCUGGGGUGGCAGAAGUUGGGCUCAGCCCAGUGAGCUCACGCAGGGUUUGGGGAGUGGAUUCCAUUCUGGUUCUCCUUUGGGAACUCCAGCUGCAUUCUUUUCCCACCCUGCAUUAAGAUGACAUGAUUUCCACAGCUGAUGUGCAGACACCAACUGAAGCUGUGUUAUCUCAGCCCAGAGCCCAAAACAUUCUGAGCUCUGAACUUUGUUUUCUCUUGGGAAUUGCAGGAGAAAGGGAGGGAUAGGAUUUGAGGAGCUGCAUUUUUUCCAGCUUGCCCGGGCUAACCCAGGCUCUGGGACAGAAAUGCUCCAUGGUUUGUACACUCAGCUUUAGGGAAAGGUGAUUUUGAUCAAGCAAAGCAUUUUUCCCCUCUCAAUCUCCAGGUUUUUAUAAAGCCAAAGAAACUUCAAAUCUCUCCCUGCCCCAGGUAGCAACUGUUGGAGUGUUUUAGGAUUUAGCCAAGUUGAGGACACCCAUUGAACACAUUCAAUUAGAGCACUGGUUCAUUAAAUGGAUAAAUGUUUGCUGCUCAGAGAAGGGUUUGAUUUUCUGCUCUGUUGCCUUCCACACAAACCCUGUGCUGGCAAUGAAAGGCACUCACACUCUGUGUGCUGUUUGCACCCUCCAGCUUCCUGCAGAGCCACUUUCCCACCCAAAUAUUCCCUUUCCAAACCUCUCACUUUUCCUCCAGCACCAGCUUUUCCCACAUUUAGCUCGGCAAGUGAGGGACCAGAUUUAUCUCAGCUGCUCCCACCUGCUCCCAGCAGCAGCAGCCUGGGAAUUGCUCUGAAAUCCACAAUUCCAGGGACAUCCCUCAGCAGCAGGUCUGUGCCAGCAGAUGGCAGAGGUGAAACCUUCCCUGAGCGUUUCCCUGCUGCAA